AUGGCUGCCACUUCGACGAUGACUUCCACCACCACGAGCACCAGCGGGUCCAUCACCGUUCAGGCUCAAGCAUUGAUUCCCUUUCGCCGGGCACCGAUCAAUUUGUAUCCCGAGGAAGGAAAGGAAGCUGAAUACAUGCGCUCGCUGCCAGAUCUUAUCGAAUUCAACUCGAAGGCCAAUCCUGAUCAUCUUUUCUGCAUUCAAGCAUUGAAAGGUGCGGAAUCUGUCCCAAUCUCGAACCGGCAGCUGCGCGAUGCUGUGGCCAGUUGCGGUAAAUGGUUGCAAGACAACGUCACUGCACUGCAGCUUCCAGCGCCAGUCGAAGGGGAUGAGAAAGCGCAAAAGGGCGCUCCAGUGGCUCUGUUGAUGGACAGCGAUGUUGGCUUGUUCUUUCACCAGAUGGCUCUUAUUGGCCUGGGAGUUCCAGUGCUUUUGCUGUCUGCUCGUCUCAGCGUUACGGCAAUCCACCAUCUGCUCAAGAAGACGAAUGCAGUCGCUCUUUUGGCCGCGCCUCGACACCAGCCAAAUGCAGCCCAAGCCGUGGCUCUCAUGAAAGACGAAGAUGGAAAGACGAUUGAAUUGCACAAGCCAGAGCCAUAUAGCACUCACCUGGCCACUGCCGUGUCUGUUGACUCAAUCUGUCAUCCUUUCCACUACUUCAGUGAGAAAGAUCGGAAUGUCCUGAUUCUUCAUUCCUCCGGCACCACGGGCCUGCCUAAGCCAAUCUAUAUCUCGCACCGGCACUUGGUAUGUUUCACCACUUGCCACGACUUCAAGACGGAGCAGGAAGCGCAGGGAGUCAACGUUUCAACCCUGCCUCUUUAUCAUGGGUAUGGCUUGAUGGCUCCAUCCCUUGCCAUGGGCGUUGGCAAGACGGUUUGCUUCCCGCCUCCUGGUACGGUUCCUAACGCUCAUGGCGUCAUCAACCUCAUUAAGAGCAACCAAGGCGCUUCUUUGAUGUCUGUACCAUCAAUCCUGGAGGAAAUCAUGAUAUCGCCAACGGAUGAAGGGGUUCGUACUUUAGCCACUCUAGACUUUGUUACCUUUGGUGGAGGGCUUCUGACCCCCAAAGUUGGUGAUCGGCUAGCAGCAGCUGGGGUGAAGCUAUUGAAUCACUAUGGAACAACCGAAAGUGGGCCUUUGUCACCAUUCUUCGUUCCCACUGCUAGCUAUAACUGGCAUUUCUUCCGUCUCAGACGUGACAUGCGAAUGUCUAUGAAAGAGAUCGAGCCCUGUGAGGGUCAGCGACGCUUCCGACUUACUACCUUCCCAUUUGGAGUGGAUCAGCCUUUCGAGAUUCAAGAUCAGCUUAUUUGUAAUCCUGAGCACCCGGAGACUGAUUUCAAUUCCGUGGGCCGAACGGAUGACCUUAUUGUGCUCGCUACCGGUGAAAAGGUACUGCCGCAAAUCCUCGAAACAUCUUUGGUGGAGAGCGGUCUGGUGAAAUCGGCCAUUGCCUUUGGUGAUCGCCAGUUUGAGAUUGGUGUUAUUGUCGAGCCUAUCGCUCCCGUUAGCACCCCCGAGGACGAGCAAAUUGUGAGGGAAGCGGUUUGGCCACUCGUUGUGCAGGCUGGAAACAAGAUGGAUGACCAUGCCAAGGUCUCGUCAUCAGAUGCCAUCAUUGUAGUACCUGCAGGCACUGUCAUUCCUCGCACAGAUAAGGGAUCAAUUGCACGCAGGGAGGUAUACAAGCUUUUCGAGGACCAGAUAUCUCAGGUCUACCAAACCCUCGAAACCCGCCCGAUCGAUCCUUCGGUGAAAUCUCUAGAUACUGAGAAUUUGGAGCAGGGGUUGAUAGAUUUGAUCCAGACACGAAUUCACUGGAGUGUUCCAUUGACUGACUUGGGCCAAGAUGAUGAUUUGUUCGAGCGUGGCAUGGAUUCUUUGCAGGCCAUGCGGCUGCGAAGAUACCUCCUUUGUGCCGUCCCGACAACAAUCAACGGCUCCUCAUCUGCUGAUCGCAUUGGUCGCGAUUUCAUUUAUGCAAACCCAUCCGUUGGUCAAAUGGCGAAGGCUUUGCGCGAAUCACAAGGACCAAACAAGCCACGUUCAGCUCAUGAUGCGGCGAGGGAGCUGCUACCUCAACUUGUGGAAGCUCAUGGACUCCACGAAGCAUCGUUCCCGGAUCCUGGGGCAAUUGUGGUCCUCACCGGAUCCACGGGAAGCUUGGGUUCUCACUGCCUAGCGGAACUGGUCAAGUUGCCCAAUGUCGCCCGCGUGAUUUGUCUCAACCGAUCAAGAACCGGGGGAGAUGGGGACGCGUCCACCCGUUUGGCCCGUACCUUGAUUGAUAAGAGCAUACACCUGGAUGAAGGGAUGUGGUCUAAAGUGCAGACAUAUGAGACAAACCUUGCUGCAGACAAUCUGGGUCUGCCACUGUCGGAAUAUGCGAUGGUUCGAUCUGCGGUAACCCAUAUCAUUCACACUGCGUGGGGCAUGGAUUUUAAGUGGCAACUGUCUUCUUUCCGACCCCAUCUGCAGACCCUUCACAAUCUUCUCCAGCUAGCUCAAGAUGGGCACCAGGUCCGGCCAUCUAUCAAGCCCCGCUUGCUCUUCGUGUCGUCCAUCGCGACUGUUGGAGAGUAUGCCACAAUCAGUGGAGAGCGAAUAAUCCCAGAGGUACCGAUGGAGAGCAUGGACUGCGCAAAUACCAUUGGGUACGCAGAAGCGAAGCUCGCUUGUGAGUGGAUUGUUGAGCAGGCCAUACGGGAGCAUCCAGAUGAAGUUGAGGCCUGCUACGUGCGACUUGGACAAAUUGCUGGAGCAAGGAGCACUGGAUUUUGGAACACUACUGAGCAUUUUCCGGCGCUGAUCAAGUCUUCCGUACUUGCGCGCGCAUUGCCGCAAUUGCGAGGGACCUUAUCCUGGAUUCCAGUUGAUGACGCAGCCAAUGUGCUGAUCGACCUGACAUUCAGCGAGCAACAGCCUUCGGUGGCUUACCAUCUCGAAAACCCUGUCCGGCAAUCAUGGAGUGAUGUCCUGAUCACACUGGGUUCCCAGCUAGAUAUUUGCCAGUUCCUGCCAUUCGAGGAUUGGUUGAAUCGGGUAGGGAAGGCGGAGUCCAAGGGCGGACCUGGACAGAAUCCCGUUCUUCAACUAGAGGAGUUCUUUCGCGAGGACUUCAGGCGCAUGGCCUGCGGUUCAGUCAUCAUGGCGACCGAUGAAGCCAGAAAGCGAUCGGAGACUCUGCGCUUGGUUGAUGCCGUGCCAGACGAUGUCGUUGCUUCUUAUGUUCAAUACUGGCGUACAUCGGGAUACCUGUCAUGA